CUCUAUUUCACUUUUACUGUCAAUAAAAGGCGUUUUUGAAUGAGUUUUUAGAUUAAGUUUUGUUGACUGAAGACAUGACAAGACAUGAGGACAUCCAUCAAAUGAACUGACAAUUUGGUCAUUGAUUCACGCAAUCCAAUCAAUCCAAUGAUACCAUUGUUCACAGUUAUUGGAAGCGAUGAACAAGUUUUGUCACUUUAAUUGACAAAUACAAGAGUUGACAGUGUUUUGAGGCGUUUCGUUGGAAGUGUUUAAGUGAUCGUCUGAAUACAUGUCGGACAAGGAUUUCUCGCCGUUGAGUAAUGCCUGCGUUCGGGCACUCAAUGACAAACUCUAUGAUAAACGUAAAGCAGCCGCUCUUGAGAUCGAAAAAAUGGCCAGAGAUUUCAAUACAGUCGGGAAUGUCAUCCAAAUCAAGAAAUUGCUCAAAAUAUUGGGCGAAGACUUCUCGCUGUCUAAUAAUCCCAAUUCGAGGAAAGGAGGUCUCAUAGGGUUGGCUGCGAUGGCCAUCGCUUUGGGCAGAGAGUCGACGCCAUAUAUCAGUGAUUUGAUUCGUCCGAUGCUCUCGUGUUUCUCCGAUCAGGACUCGAGGGUCCGGUACUACGCGUGCGAAGCCCUCUAUAAUGUGGUGAAAGUGAGCCGAUCCGAUGUCUUGCCCUUCUUUAACGAAGUGUUUGACUCGUUGUCCAAACUGGCGGCCGAUCCCGACCAGAAUGUCAAGAGUGGUGCAGAACUCUUGGAUAAACUCAUGAAAGAUAUUGUCACAGAAAAUCCAUCGUUUAAUUUGAUUGAAUUAAUUGAUUUAAUCAGAGAUAGAAUUCACGGAAUAAAUCAAUUCUCGCGACAAUUCAUUGUGUCGUGGAUUUCGACUCUGGAUUCAGUUCCAGACAUUGAUGUCAUUGUCUUUUUGCCUAAACUUCUCGAUGGAUUGCUUAAGAUAUUAGCGGAUCCGACGCCUGAGAUCCACCGAAUGACUGAACAAGUUUUGGCUGAAUUUCUAUUUAAAAUCAUUCAAAACCCAUCGAAAGCCGACUUUUCUUCGAUGAUUAAUAUCCUGACGAUUCACUCGCAGGCAAAUGACGACCCAUUAGUUCAAUACACGGCUCUCACAUGGCUUAAGGAGUUCAUCAAUUUGGCCAACAGUCGAGAUCUGUUGCCAUUCUCUGCCAGUAUCUUAACGGCAAUCCUUCCGUGUCUGACGUCACCAUCGGAUCAAAGCGAAGAAUCGGAUGAUAAGAAUAAGAGCACAACAAAUAUAAACAUCAGAGAAGUGGCCAAAGUGUUGAACUAUAGUUUGAUGCAAUUGGUGACAAUGCAUGACAACCAACACGAAGAGAUGAGUCCCACCAAUUCGGCCAAUUCUGCGCCCAACGAGUCAACAAAUAUGUCGGAAUCCGUACAAAACUCUUUAGAUAUAACCAGUCUUCUGGAAGUGUUGGUCCGCGAACUCAAAUCAGGUGAAAAGGCGUCCACUUUAAGCAAAUUAGCGGUUCUUCGUUGGAUUCAUCACUUGUACUCCAAAGUCCCUCAAAAGGUUGUCAAUCAUUUAGAGUACGAUCUCUUUCCUGUACUUCUGAAGACACUGUCAGACAAAUCAGAUGAAGUGGUUUUAUUGGAUCUUAAAAUAUUGGCGCAAAUAUUUAGUUCUGCGCCAAACGUCACACUGGGCUCCGACGGGCGGGCGUCCGGCCAACUGACCGCUGGACCGGAGACGCCGUCUUAUUUCACAAAAUUUAUGGCAGAUUUAUUGAAAUUGUUUCACAAAAACGCCACUGUUUUGGAAGAGAGGGGAUCUUUUAUAAUACGUCAGCUCUGCCUUCUCAUGACCGCAGAAGACAUAUACAGAUCGCUGUCAGAGAUAUUACUCGAUUACGAAGACUUGCGUUUUGCGUACACUAUUGUGCAGACAUUGAACACAAUUCUGUUGACAUCGAGUGAACUCUUCGAUCUCAGGAAUCAAUUGAAAAACUUGAAGACAGAUGAGAGCUGUUCCCUAUUCUGUUGUCUAUACAGAACGUGGUGUCACUCGCCGGUGGCCACAGUCUCGCUGUGUUUCUUAACCAAAAACUACAAACACGCCUGUGAUCUGCUUAUGCUCUUCGGUGACCUCAAUCUGACCCUCGAAUUCCUCACAGAAGUGGACCAAAUGGUUCAACUGUUGGAAUCACCCAUAUUUGCCUAUUUGAGACUCGAAUUACUAGACGUUGAGAAUAAUUGUGAUUUAAUCAAAAGUUUGUACGGACUGCUCAUGAUAUUGCCUCAAAGCGAAGCGUUUCAUUUGUUACGCAAACGACUACAAUGUUUGCCAAACUUAAGUCUCUAUUCGUCGUCCGAUUCAAAAAAAAAUCGUGUCAUCAAAAGCAGUCCAACGCAGCCUAAUAUGGACUUUAAAGAACUUCUUCGACAUUUCCAUUUGGUUCAACAGAAGCACCACAACUGGAGCCGAGCCACAGAUACAUGGAAUCGAAUUAAUGAUAGAUCUUAUAAUAUAUGAAACAAAACUAUUUCCUGUGAAUAUAAAGUUUCCUUAUAUAUAGAGAGUGUUUAUUGAAAAUAAUGACAAUAAAUAUACACAACAACUAUUUUAUGAUUGAAAACAUAA